AUGGCCGAACGAAAUAUAUUUUUCUCGCCUUAUUCAUUACAAGUCGUACUCGCAAUGACGUAUUCAGGUGCGGGCGGAAACACUGCAAAAGAAUUACAACAGCAUUUGUCGUUUCCGGCUGAUAAAAAAGCCGUCGAAAGUGCCUUUAAAAAAUCAAUGCAAAAAUUGUUGGAAUCGAAAAACGUGACUUUGAACAUGGCGAACGGUAUGUUCGUUCAAAGGGAUUACACGGUCAAACCGACGUUCACGAAAUCCAUCGCGGAGUCUUUUCGUUCGGAAGUUAAACAAUUGGAUUUCGGCGACAGCAAAGAUUCGUCGAAUCAAAUAAACGAAUUCGUGAACAAACACACGAACAAUAAAAUUCCGAAAUUGUUCGACGAGAAUGCGUUCAACGCUCUCACGAGAUUGGUUCUCGUCAAUGCGAUUUAUUUCAAAGGUGCCUGGCUUCACAAAUUCGAUCCGAACAAUACGUACAAGGGUGAUUUUCAUUUGAACGAAAAGGAAACUGUUAAAGUCGAUUACAUGACGAUAACUAAAAAAUACAAUUAUUGUCACCACGAAGAAUUGAACGCGAGCAUCGUGGAAUUAAAAUACGAGGGCGACAUCAGCAUGAUUUUAGUCGUUCCGACGGCCAUCGAAGGUCUCAAACAAGUCGAAGAAAAGUUGGUAGCCAUGGAUUUGAACUCACUCCUAUCCGAAGCCUAUCCGAAAGAAUUGAAUUUAACGAUGCCGAAAUUCAAAUUGGAACAAACUCUCAAUUUGGGAAGCUCGUUGAAAAAGGUUGGUUUGAACGACAUGUUCGAUUCGACGAAAGCGGAUUUUUCCGGUAUAAGCGAUAAUAGAGAAUUGUACGUGAGCGAUGCCAUACAAAAAGCUUAUAUAGAAGUGAACGAAGAAGGUUCGGAAGCGGCUGCUGCCACUGCUUGCCACGUCCGUCAGAGGCGUUCGGCGAAUUUUUUCGAACCCGAAGUCCUCACACUCGAUCAUCCGUUUUUGUUUUUCAUCAAGGAGAACGAAACCGAUUAUUUAUUUUUCGGACGUUUCGGAAAACCCGCCGACGUCGGCGCUGACGUCGUCGACGACGAUGCCGUCGUCGUCGUCGGGGAAAAGUCGGAAAAGAUGGAAACCGUUGAGAAAAGAUCAAAAUCGAAUUCGAAAUCAUGGAGAACGUUUUUUAAAGAAGACACUUGUUCGGGGUUCUGA